UAUAAAAAGACGUGCACUUUGCUAACUCUAAUUCUCUGAAAAAAAUUAGACAAUGUCGAAAGAUGAAACACUUUCAACGACAAGUACCACUUCUGUUAACGACGAGAAUAAUAAAUCGACUUAUAAGGAGCAAAAUGCGGAUUUCGAGACAGCAAUAUCGGCAACCGGUUUCGGCAUUUUUAACUUAAUUUUAGUGGUAGUUUCAACUCCCUCCAUAUUAGCUUCACAGCUGGAAACAUCGUCCCUAUCUUUUGUGUUUCCUGUUGCACGAUGCGAUUUAGACAUAUCCCUAGAAGCCAGAGGACUGCUAAAUGCCAUAGUAUACACAGGAAUGAUAAUCAGUUGUUUCAUGUGGGGCUCCUUUAUUGACGUUUUCGGCCGUCGCAAAAUAUUGGUCUUCACACAUCUAAUAGGAGCUUUUUUCGUCUUAAUGACGACUUUUGCGCCCAAUUUUUAUGUCUUGCUUGUGUCAAAAUUUCUGGGAGGGUUUACGGUAAAUGGUUACUCAAUGGCCUUAACCACCUAUUUAUCCGAGUUUCAUGGCACACAAUAUAGAGCGAGCGUGCCUGUAGUCAUCGGACUUAUGUUUAGUAUUUCAAACGUCUGUUUGCCACUUUUAGCGUGGUUAUUUCUGCCUCUUAACAUCAAUUUUGGCCUUAUCGACGGCUUUGAAUUUCACGCCUGGAAUCUGUUUCUACUUGUUUCAACGUUUCCCACUGUAAUAGCUGGAGUUUCAUUUUUUCUAAUGCCUGAAAGCCCUAAAUAUUUAAUGUCAAAGGGAAAUAACGCAGAAGCUUUAAAAGUUUAUCAGAAGAUUUUUAAAUUGAAUAAGAGGCAAUCAAAAGAAAAAUUUCCGUUUAAAUCUCUUAUAGACGAUAAACAAAUUUUUCAAAAAAAGCACAGUGUUAAAGAGGCCUGGCAACAAAUAUCGCCCUUAUUUUCGUUAAAAUAUGCCGCAAGUUUAACUAUAGUUUGUUUAUUGCAGUUUUUCUUGAUGAUGAGUAUAAAUUCGUUACGCUUGUGGUUGCCCGAAAUUUUUCAAAUAAUUAAUGACUAUGAACAAGACAACAACAAAUCAAUCUCUUUUUGUCAAAUGUUGAGUAGAAUACAACCCACCACUGACGCGGAAGCUGAUACCUGUUCAAUGAACUUUGAUAACUCUUCAGUUUACAUAAAUUCAGUCUAUGUGGGCUUAUGCGCAAUUAUCGGUUGUGCUAUUGUAGCGCUUAUCAUUAAUAAACUUGGAAAAAAGAAAAUUUUAAUUGCUCUAGGACUCCUUGGUGCAGUCACAGCAGUUUCUAUCUACUUUGCUCCUAACAGUUCCACAGCCUUGGGUCUUAUCUGUGUGUAUUUGAUGUGUAUAGGUAUCUCGCUAGAUACAGUCAUUUCAGCAACAGUUGAUUUAUUCCCAACUUCUUUAAGGGGUUCAGCACUUUCUUUGGCUUUCAUGUUUGGAAGAAUAGGUUCCGUCUUAGGCAAUUUAAUAUUACCAAUACUCAUUCAAGCAGGUUGUGCACCAACUUUUUUCACACUUGCAGGUUUUGUCAUAGGUUGUACCAUACUUUCUGUUUUUAUCCCAAAUACUGAACGCAAAGCAUUGGGUUAGUGACCGACGACUAUUUUAUUUAUGUUUACAUAAACUCAUGACUAAAAAAAUAGAAAAUAACUUCCGACAACGCUCAACCAAAUAAAAGAACUAUUCUAAAACAA